AUGGAGUCAGGAACUGUUCUAUUUGAAAUCACAAAGCCACCAGCAUCAGUGUUUUUAGAGCGAGAACAUGGUGACAAGAAGGAUGUGGAUCCCAACGCAGGUAGAUUUGUCAGGUACCAGUUCACACCCGCUUUCCUCAGACUGCGCCAAGUUGGGGCAACGGUUGAAUUUACAGUUGGUGACAAGCCCAUUAAUAACUUCCGAAUGAUUGAGAGACAUUACUUUCGUGACCAGCUUUUGAAGAGCUUCGACUUUGAGUUCGGCUUCUGUAUCCCCAGCAGUAAAAACACAUGUGAACAUAUUUAUGAAUUCCCACAGCUUUCAGAGGAUCUUAUUCGGGAAAUGAUCAUCCAUCCCUAUGAGACACAAUCAGACAGUUUCUACUUUGUGGACAACAAGCUAGUGAUGCACAACAAGGCAGAUUAUUCAUAUAGUGGAGGCCCUUGA